AAGAAAUCAGACAUGCGGACCUAGAUAGAUAAGACCCGCACCUUUGAGUGCAGCGGGCACGAUUAACAGACUAAGCGAUUUUGUGUUAGAUGUAACCUUACCUAAAACAAGCCAUGCUGUAUUUCGCUAUGCUUCUGGUGAUACCAACAGUGACGCCAUACAGCAAUGUUUACCACUGUGUGUGUAACUUUGGGAAAGGCUCCUUGCCGGUCUUUGCAGUAAAUAAAAGGUAUAUGGGUCACAUUUCUUCAGUCAAGGACGAAUUUGAUUUCUUUCCGUUCCCGGAGCAUAAAACACCAGCAAAAUCUUAUAUACAAGAAAAGGCCAUAUUUGUCAACAGAUUCUUUCCUCGCCUACUUCCGGGUCGAUGUUUGAGGCGUCACCACGAAUCCAGUGAAGCACUUGUGGAUGUAUUCCUGGUUUCUCUGUCCGGACAGGUCGGUUACAUCAACAACAACAAAGGAGGCCAACUAUUUAGCACAGUCUGUGAUGCUAUAACGGGGAAACACCUCUCUGGAGCCACGCCCAUUCUAAAUACCGCUCACUCUUCAAUGUACUCACCCCCACAAACCGAUAGGCCUCAACGGAUGAACACGGCAGCCGACUCACGGACGGAAAGGGACCAACUCCUUCAAAAGAAAGAUCUCACCUGCAGUUCAAAACUCUGCAUCGGUUGCCAUUGCGAGUUAGGAAAAUUCACACAAGUCGUGAUGGGGCUCGUUGGGAAGAGAACCGUCUGCUUGCCAUGCAAUUUUUGUUCUGUCACUUGCAAUUCAGCGACAACGGUCCAAGCUACACCAAUCCCUCAGACGGCUUCCACCGAUACCCUUGAUACUGGAUGUAGCGAUGCUGUGGACAGCUGUGCCCUUUUUCACAGCCAGACUGUCUGUACGGAGUUUGCCGACUGGUCCCGACAAAACUGUAAAAAGUAUUGUGGCAUGUGCCCUACAUCCGGGUAUCAAAAACCAACAACGGGUCACUGGAUCUCAUUUGGAAAGAAAUGAUCCUCAAAAAUAAAAUUUAGAAAGCUG